AUGAGCCCUCCGUCUCAGCCUGCCAAGGCCACCACCACCACCACCAACAACAACAACACCAGCAACAACUCACCUCCCGACUCCCAUUCUGGCAACAUGUCGGACAACGAAUCUGCGGCGCCUUCUGCCAAUGGCUGGCCAGUCAAGGAGCCGCCCUCGCCGAGCGGAAGUGUCCAUUCUGGCUCUGACAUGGACGAAAAGCCCGGCGAACCUGGCUCCAACGCCCCUGUGCAGAAGCGUCGCCGUGUUACCAGGGCUUGCGACGAGUGCAGACGCAAAAAGAUCAAGUGCGAUGGCAAGCAGCCUUGCACACACUGCUCGGUUUACAGCUAUGAAUGCACAUAUGACAAGCCCUCCAAUCGGCGGAGAAACCCAGCACCUCAGUAUAUUGAGGCAUUGGAGAGCCGCCUGCAGCGCGCCGAAACUCUGCUGCGCAAGUUUAUUCCAGACGUCGACUUGGCUGACCCGACGCUGGAUCCUGCCGUCCAGCAGGAAUUCCGCAACAGAGAGCACAGUCGAAUCCAGAGUGCCAAGCUCCGGCACGACCCCUUUGUAGCCCCCGAGAAGGAGGAACCCCAGCUCCUGUCCAUGAUUGAGUCCAUUGGCCAGCUGGACCUGGACGACAAGGGCGGCUGGGACUUUCACGGCGUAUCGUCCGGUGCCGUCUUCCUGCGGCGCAUGAAGGAGCAUUUCAGAGGCAUGAUGGGCCCCAUCACAAAGGUGCCGUUCCUACCACGGCCAGACAGACCCGCGGGCCUGAUCAACUUGGACUCGCCAGCAUCCGCAGCCAGCUCUCCGUUCGACUCGUCCAUAUCUACCGCCCCGGAGCUUCCCCCGAAGGAGCUGGCCAGGAACCUCUGCUAUCUAUCGCUCAACUGCGCGACGUGUCUGAUCCGCAUCGUCCACGUCCCAACCUUUUACCAAAUGCUUGACCGAAUCUACGAAAAGCCAUACGACGAUUACACCAAGGAGGAACACAGGUUCCUGGGCCUCCUCUACGCCGUCAUGGCCCUGGGCUGCAUGUACCGAAACCUGGACGAGAACGCGCCCCCUGUAGCCUACAAAGAAUCCGUUGACGCUGGAAUGAAGUACUAUGAUACCGCGAGGCGCAUCCUGCAAGACAUCACAGAGUGCCGAGAUUUGACCUCGCUGCAAGCCCUGCUCUUUAUGAUUCUUUUCCUGCAAGCCACCUCGAACCUGAGCGGAUGCUACGCGUUUGUUGGCAUCGCCCUCCGGUCGGCCCUGCGUAUAGGCCUGCACAGGUACUUGAAGCACGAGAAGAUUUCCGUCAUCGAGCAGGAGGUGAGGAAGCGAGUGUUCUGGGUCAUUCGCCAAAUGGACAUCUACGUCUCGGCCAUGCUCGGGUUCCCGCUGAUGCUCAACGCGGACGACAUCGACCAACCGUACCCCAGCGAGAUUGACGACGAGUACAUAACAAACGACGGUAUCCUGACACCGCCACCGGGCACCUUUUCGUUCUUUGAGGCGUUCAACGCCCACACUCGCCUGAUGGAGAUCUUGGCCAAGAUCCUCAAGUUCGUCUACCCCUUGAAGGGGCUUGGCCAAAGCGUCAUGAAGGGCGACAAGCCGGGGGCGACAUACCUCAUCAGCUACACCAACAUUAAACGGAUCGAGGCCGAGUUACAAGAAUGGUACGAGGUCUUGCCCGCCCAGUGGAGGCCGAGACCCGACGGCCCCGUGGAGGUGAUUCGGGUGCGCCAUUUGCUGCGCUUCGCCUACGCACAUGUCCAACUCGUUCUCUACCGUCCGUUCCUGCACUACGUCUCCCCUCGCCUCAGCAUGGGAAAGAACGUUGACGAGCUCUCGUACGCCUGCGCCGCAGCCUGCAUCAGCGUAUCGCGAAACAUUGUGCACAUUGGCAUUGAGAUCCGCAAGCAAAACGUCUUGGCCGGCCCGUACUGGUUCAUGCUGUUUACCGAGUUCUUCGCCAUCCUCUCCCUCGUCUUCUACUCCAUCGAGAACCCAGAAAAGAUUGGAUCGGCAGAGGUACUGGAAGAUGCCAUUGCAGGCAGAGACAUGGUAUCGAAACUGCAAUCCAAGAGCCAAGCCGCCGACAGGGUUACAGAGGCCCUCAACGUAAGUCCUUUGACCAUCAUUCUUGGCCGCGAAUACUCACGUACACAGGUCCUGUUUGAACAAUUGCCCGAGAGGCUUCAGGAGGCCAAGUCCCGGCCCAUCCCUACAAAGAAGCGAUCGGCCCCGGGUCAGAAGGCCAGUUCGAUGCCGGUUCACGGCCAUCCGGCCCUGCAGCCGGGCAUGGGCCAGCGGCGUUCCGAAGAACGCAGCCGGCCGUCGAGCGUGGUGAUGGCCCACGGAAGGUUGGCGCAGGUACCACUCCGUGGCUCGUUUGACGGCGUGCCCAUUUCCGAGGCAGGAUACCAAGACCCGUCCCUCGCGAGCAACAUCCAAGACCUCCUGGGCAUGGACAUGUCUUCACGGGCAACGCCCGACUCGGUGAGCACGUCGGCCAGCUCAACCCAACGUCCGCCACAAGGGUUCCCGCCGCCGCACAAUAUGAACCACAUCAGCAAACUCGACUCAUUAAUGUUCCCGUCAGAAGAUCCGUUCGCUUACCCUAAUCAGCCGAUGAUGGAACUGGGAUUCCAAAAACCCGGGCCGAACAACGUCAGCGGCCCGCAGGAAACGUUCAUGAUGCCCGGCGUAUUCGACGACAUUGACACCCAGCUGCUCGGCCAGUCUCCCGCAUACUAUCUGCAGGGUCAGGGUCAGGGACAACAGCAGCAGCAGCAGCAGCAGCAGCAUUCACACCACCAGUCUGGUUACGACCUGUCGGGCAUGUAUCAGCAGCACUCGGGCUACUCAGGUAUGCCCGAUGCGGCUCGGAUCGAGCAGGCAAGACGGGCGCACAUGCAGCAGAGGCCUGCAGAGCUCGACAGAAUGCUCGCAGAGACUGGCUACCAAAGCAACUGGGCAGGCAUGCUCGGCAGGAACGGAUUUCAGGGCCUCUAG